UUGAGGGUCUCCAGGGGGCUCGGGAUGACGCUAGACACCAACGUCUGCCUUCCACACAGAUUUCCAUGGGCUGUAGAGGCAGCUUAAGUCGCCAGCUCACACACAGGCACUUACAACUAAUUUAGGCAUCAAUAUGAAGCCUGCUCCAGGCUUGACUCUGUUUUCUGUCCCAGCACCCAGCUGAAUACAAGCUGGCAGGCCAUAUGGACACGGCGAGCUCACUGCAGGAGCUUUCCAAACCCACCAAACUGAAGAAGAUGUGGCUGAAGAUCUCUGGAGGGGAUUUUCCCCAGCAUCUUAAGCACAGCAACAACUGGAGCCAUCAGGAGAGGUUAAAGAGGCAGCUAGAAAAUCCACCACCGAAGAAAGCACCUAAAGCCAUCAUUUCUGGGGAAGGAUGCAAAGAAGAGAAGGGAUGCGAAGUCCAGCAGAAAAUCCCUGUAGGGGAGAGGAAGAAUACGUGUGGGGAGUGCGGUCAAAGCUUCAGCCGAAACUCCUACCUUAUUAGACACCAGCGAACCCACACUGGGGAAAAGCCGUACCAGUGCCAGGAGUGCGGGAAAAGCUUCAACCUGAGCUCGAACCUCGUGACCCACCAGCGGACUCACACAGGGGAGAGGCCUUACAAAUGCUUGGAGUGCGGGAAGAGCUUCAUCCAGAGCUCAGACCUGCUUUCCCAUCAGAGGCUGCACACAGGGGAGAGGCCCUAUGAAUGCCUGGAGUGUGGGAAGAGCUUCAUCCAGAGUUCGCACCUGAUUCGGCACCGGCGGCUGCACGUGGGCGAACGCCCUUACCCCUGCUUGGACUGCGGGAAGAGCUUUUUCCAGCGGUCCCACCUCCUGCGUCAUCAGAAGCUGCACGCCGGGGGCAGGCCCCACGCAUGCGCCGACUGCGGGGCCAGUUUCCUGCAGGCCUCCCAGCUCCACACCCACCAGCGAGUCCACCUGGGAGAAAAACCCUACCGAUGCCCCGACUGUGGGAAGAGCUUCAACAGAACUUCGCAUCUCGUCGUCCACCAGCGCACACACACGGGCGAGAAACCCUACAAAUGCCUGGACUGUGGGAAGAGGUUCAGCGUCAACUCCAACCUCAUCACUCACCAGCGGAUCCACACCGGAGAGAGGCCUUACAAAUGCCCUGGCUGCGGGAAAAGCUUCAGCCGAAGUUCCCAUCUGAUUAAGCAUCAGAGACUCCACGCUGGGGAAGAACCUUGAACACAUCUGUGAGGUUCUUCCUGAGCGUUGGAAGAAACUACUGAGGGAACAGAAUCAGCCAGGUUUCAGUGUCUGCUGGAGCUCAGCUCUCAGGAAAGCAGCACGUGAGUUGAACUUGGCUUGGGAAGAUUCGUACCAGGGGAGCGAGGUCUUAGCGCAGAAAAUCCUUAACAGGAUCCUGCCUGCCACACAUGCGCAUCUCCGGUCGAUGCUUUCACUUGUAGGGGGAGCAAAUCUCUUCCAGAAGCUCCCUCUGCCUGGCUGAUGUUCCCCCUGCUCUUCUCAAAAGUGGCUGUCUGUCUGCGGAGAGAUCUGGGGGUAGCCAGCAGUGGGGGCCAGCAAGGGUCAGUGAUGCGAAACCCAAAAAAGCUGUCUGAUGUUCACGGAAUCAAAAGUAGAGGCUGGUGAAAACCAGGAGUGUUGCAAGUUUGGAGACCACAACGGAAGUGGCGAGGGUAAAGAAAAGCAACAGAGACGCACCCGCCCUAUCCUACUCAGCUCGCUGUGCUGAAGGCAGAGCCCCUGCAAGCGAGUUCUCAGCUACUUCAGAAAGCAGCUGGUGGACUUCUCCCCUGCCAGGCUUUGAGUAUUUGUGGAUUUCUCUCUCCCUGUAAAUCAAGAAGAUGGACAUUGAAGCAGGGUUUGAUGACUUGGAAGAGGAGAAGGAGGAGGGUAAAAUUACUUGAGUCACUUGGAAGCCGAGAGGUGCUUGUCUUGGUGCCAUCAUGGCUAGGACUGUGAAGGAAGAUGGGUUUUUGCUAUUUACUGUAGGGAAGAAAAAAAAA